UUCGCCGACGGGAGCGGAGGUCAGUGGAGGUGGGGCUGCCGUCUAACGUCCGUAUUCCCGGGGACCAUGAACCGGAUCCGCAUCCACGUGCUCCCGACGAACCGGGGCCGCCUGACGCCCCUGCCCAGGCUGCAGGAGCCCCAGGCCUGUUCCUUCACCCACCGGCCAUGCUCGCAGCCUCGCCUGGAGGGCCAGGACUACUGCCUCAAGCACAUCCUGGAGGACAAGAACGCCCCGUACAAACCCUGCAGCUACGUAUCCUCCAAGACGGGCAGGAGGUGCACCGCGCCUGCUCCCAAACCUGACAAGAGGGACGCGGUGGCGUACUGCACUGAGCACGCUCGCAAGGCACUCCUGUCUGCUCAGCAGCCAUCCCGCCGGGGCAGCGGCAGCAGCACGGGGCCAACUCCUGAGGCACUGCUCGCUCAACUCAGCGGCUACGUGAAAGGAGAGGCAGGAUCCCAGGACCAGAGCCGCAGUGAAGCCAGCAGGAUCCUCGAUGACGACAGCUGGAGCGAGGGGGAGCCGGACCCAGUGCUGCUGGAUCAGACGUGGCGCGGGGAGCCAGACAGUGAGGCUGACAGUGUCGACAGUGACCAGGAAGACCCACUGAAACACGCUGGUGUAUACACAGCGGAGGAGGUGGCUCUGGUGAUGCGGGAGAAGCUGAUCCGCCUGCAGUCCCUCUACAUUGACCAGUUCCGGCGCCUGCAACACCUCCUCAAGGAGAGGAAGAGACACUACCUGCAGGCGUGCAGAUUGGAGCGCGAGGGCUUUGCUGGGGGCUUACUGCCUGAGCCGGACACUCCCUCUACCCGGGACCGUGUUGACCUGCAGAAGCUGAGGGCCCUGAGACGUUACCGCAGACGCUAUGGGGUGGAGGCACUGCUGCACCAGCAGCUGAAGGAGCGCCGCUUACUGGCCACAGAGGGGCCUGCACAGCAGGUACAUGCGGCCCCUCUCCGUUCAGCCCAGAGGUGUACGGUGGUGAGUGACGGUGCCCGGUGCUCUGCUCCCUCGCUCCCAAUGAGCAGACACUGCACGUCCCACAUCCUGCAGGACCCGGGCCAGGUGCUGUUCAGGGUGUGCCCAGGGCUGACCGAGGUGCCCUGUGCCAAGCCGAUGAUGGUGUGCCUGAGUGAGGAGCCGCGCUGCCCCCUGCACCUCCAGGUGCCCCCCUUGAUGUACCGCCCGGAGGCUGGGGGAGACUGGGCGUCCCAGCAGCUGGGCAGCAGUGGCACCUCAGAAAUGUACCUGAGUGCGGCAGAGCUACAACCCACCGAGAUCCUGCCCCUGGAGUUCAGCGAUGAUUGCCUGGACGUGGUUGGGGAUGACUUGCCGUGCCCUCCCUCUCCACUAUUGGAUUCCGCUGUUGGGUGUGCCGGGGACCGUUCGGCCGGUGACGCGGACGGUCCGUUGGGGAGGACUGGCCUCCGUCGGGAAAGCUGUGAGCUGAGCUCUCGUCAGCGCUCCGUAUCGGGCAGUUUGCGCUCAGUCAGUGAGCCUGGCCGUGUCACCACCCGGGCGGCAGGAGCGCUGAGCCAGGAUUCCUCGCAGACUGACUGCCCGCUACAGAAGAACAGAGACCAGAACGGAGCCAGGGAGGCAGCGAGCUGAAGGGAACUGGGAGGCCGCGCACAUGCCUGUGUGUCUGCUCAUCAGGGGGUGGGGGGGGGGGAAAGGAGGGUGUCUCUGUCAGGGGGUGUGUCUCUCUCCCUCUCUGUGUCUCUCUCUCUCUCUCUCUCUCUCUACCCCUCUCUCCCUCUCUCUCUACCCCUCUCUCCCUCUCUCUCUACCCCUCUCUCUCUCGGUGUGUGUGUGUGCAGUCUUGUCUGUGGGGUGUGCACAUUCCCUCCUGACUCCCUCGCUCCUGCUGAAGAGCUCCCUUGGACCCAAAGGGGGUGGGGAACCACCCUCCAAGACGAGAGGCAGGAGACACCUCUGACCCACCCUCCCCUCCCCACCCUGGCUCUGGCGCGACAGCACCUUCCUCCUGCUCCCACCUCCCCUCAAUAGGGUCAGUAUUGAACCUAAUUACCCCCUUUCUGUGGGGAACGAUUGAAUCCAAUUACCCUCCCUGUGAGGUUGACUAUUGGAUCUGGUUCCCCCCUGAGUCAGUAGUGAGUGGGUCUCUCCCCACCCUGAGUAAAUGUGCUGUUAGUUUGCCUCUGCCCAGCCCCUGCUGGCGGUGAGUGGUGGUCAUGCCCAGACCUGUGGGUGUACGGUGUCAUCGAUUCUCCGUGUCUUUGGAACCUCGUCCGCACUGCUCGCAAUAAACCGCUCUCUUUUCA